UCCAUGACUCGGUAUAGGCAGGAGAAAGAAGCCUUUCACUACACUGAUUGGCGUGCUGUAUGGUUUGCUGAGAUCGGAGAGUGGGAGCGUUUUGUGGAUCACCCCGAGGUUGUGGUGGCUCAGCAUUCACUAGACACCGAUGACACAGGUUACUUGGACUGGUACGAGCACAUUUCCAGGCGCCGCGUUGGGAAGCCACAGCCUGUGCCACAGCCGCAGUAUUCCACCAGGGAGUUGUUUGACAACCUUCAGGCAUUUCAACUUAUUCAGAAGGGUUUGGAAUGCCUUAAGGCGAUUGAUUCAACCAUCCCUGAAGGCUAUCGCGAGGAAUUUAGAGAGAUUGCCCCGAUAUUUGUCGAGCCCCGGUGCUUGGAUAGAUGACCGCAUCAUAUACGGAUACAUGUGGUUGUUACGUGAGCGGGAAGAAGCUAUUGCCGCUGCAGGAGUGUAUCCGAGAAAGCCGUCUUACUACUUCAUGGAUCCAUUUUUCAUUACAUUGGCUAUGGAGCUGGAUUACAAGGUUCUCACGGAGCGGGUUAAGCGUUUCUUCGUUACGUGGGGUAGUUGUGGGAUUGGUCCACCAAUCAACGAAGUGGACUACAUAUUUGUCUCGGCCAAUGUUAAUGGGAAUCACUGGAUUUUGAUGGUAUUGUCUGUGAAGGAAUGGGGCGUCAUGGUGUUUGAUCCUAUGACCAACAAAGCUGAACAUGCGAAGGAAGAACAAUGCGUGGUUGGACUGUUGGCGAGGAUGCUUCGUUAUCUUGGCCCCCGACUUACUGUGCCGAAGGAGGACCCUCUAGUCCAGGUCUGGGAUGCAAUGCCGAAGCAGAAUAACUACACUGAUUGCGGGGUUUAUAUUUGCAAGUAUAUGGAUUAUCUCUUGCAAGGAUAUGACCUCUCUACCUUGCUGUGGGACGCUUCAGACCUCGAGGUCUUCCGUUACAGGAUUGCCAAGGAGCUUCAGAAGGGGAAAGCAAGAUCCAUCCCAAACCACCGGAUGAGCCAGAGGGUCUCGCAGCUAGAUUAGGACUUUUAUUUAUUUUGUUAUUCUACGAGGAUUUGUAGGGAAUUAAUUGAACAAUGAUAUCAUGUAGUGAAGAUUGGUUUAAUAUUAAUGAAUGAAACAUUUG